CAAGAGCGCCAGCCCCCUCCUCAACGGCGGCGUGCGCGUCCAGAGCGAGCGCUUCCUCUUCGACGACAAGGACAAGCUGGCGCGCGCGGACUUCCUGCCGCAGGGCGACGCGUCCUCCCGCAAGGGCAGCUACGGCAUGGCGGCGCCAGACGCGCUACCCCACGCAGACGGCUGCGGCCUCGCGCCCGGCGACAGGAUGCCGCAUCAGGAAAUGAGCAUCUACGCGCUGGCGCCCGACUUCUCGCCGCAGAUGGGCAGCAAGGCCAUGGCGGAGUAUCCGCCCGCAGGCCUCGCGCUCAGCAGACCCGACGUGUGCCCCCGGGGCUCCGGCAGCGGGGAGGCCUUGCUUCACCCUCCGGCCGACUGCUACCUCGAGUUCCCCGAGGAGGACCGCGUGUCCCUCGCGUCGCACCACAGCGCCGAGUCCUACGCCCUCCCGCGGGGCCACAGCCUCCUGCAGGGCCCCCGCGCGCUCUGCCACCCGGCCAAGCCCGCGCCGCAGGUUAUCUACCACGGCCAACCGCACCUGCAGCAGCAGCUAGAACAGCAGACCCAAGAGCGCAGCCUCGGCGCGCGGUGCCAGUGCGGCCACGAGCAACCGCCGCUGCAGACGUGCUUGCAGCUGUCGUCGUCGUACAGCAACCUCAACCACGCCCGCCUGGCCGCCCACGACGCCUGCUUCGACGACAACUGCCACCAGGCGCUCGACUUGCCCGGCGGCUGCCCUGCCCUCGGCCCCGGCAGGAGCUGCCUGAAGUCGCCGCAGAGGAACUGCACUUUACAACGCUCACACUCGGCGCACGAACCCUACGUCUGCGCCAGUAGACCCGCCCCCAGCACC